AUGGGGUCGGGUUCGAACAAGUCGAAAAGCUCAAACGAAAUUCCAACUCCUCAGUCCCAAUAUAAGGGAGGAGGUACAGCAUUGUCGAUUAAUCCUUUGGAUCCUAAAGCAACACCCUACGUACGCAUACGUGAGAGGUCACCAACACCACCUCCGCCAAGCGCGAAGUUAUUCUUGUUCGAAUUCGAAGUAGAGGAUACCGGUCCCGGAAUUCCGGAUCAUAUGCAGCAGAGAGUUUUCGAACCUUUCGUCCAGGGUGAUCUAGGUCUCAGCAAGAAGUUUGGAGGAACUGGCCUAGGGUUGAGCAUUUGCCAGCAGUUGGCAAAUCUGAUGGGUGGAAGUAUUUCUUUAAGAAGUACUGUCGGUGUUGGCACUACUUUCACAAUGCAAAUACCAUUGAAGUACACCAAGGAUAGGACCUCCAGUACAGCUUCGAGUAGUGUCAAGUCACGCCCGACUAGCAUUAGUUCGGUCGAUGGGGAUACCAGAAAAAACUCCCUAACAUUAACUCAAACUGCAGCGGGUGCUAACGCCAAUGUGCUUGAUCAAAAACCGCGUCUUGUUGGACUUAGCCAGCCUUUCUUUGCUACUACCCCCAAUGCUAAGGCACAGCCGACCCCGACCCCAGAUGAUCGAAUGAAAGCUAUAGAGAUGGCUAAGGCAAGUAAAGGUGACGGGAAGCUGCGAGUUCUCGUCGCCGAGGACAACCCCACCAACAUUGAGGUUGUCAGCAGGAUGUUAAAACUAGAAGAUGUAUACGAUGUGACCAUCGCAAAAGACGGCCAGGAAGCGUACGAACUCGUAAAGGCGAACAUGGAAAAUAAUCUUUAUUUCGACUUAAUUUUCAUGGACAUUCAAAUGCCUAACCUUGAUGGGCUACAGAGCACUCGCCUCAUUCGGAAGAUGGGAUACUCAGCACCGAUUGUGGCACUGACAGCCUUCUCGGAAGAGAGCAAUAUUAAAGAUUGCAUGGAAUCCGGGAACGAAUUCUUAAGCAAGCCUAUCCGUCGACCCGCACUUAAGCAAGUUCUUAAGAAGUUCGCAACAAUUCCUGAGGAGCCAGAAACGGCAUCCCAAUUAACUAGGAAGAGUACCCCUGAAAAGGGCGACCGACCCGCCAUGGCCCGGGCACUGAACGGAGAAGCCCCUACGCCUUCAAAUUCAACCCCCACCCCUAAAGAGCAUCCCAUUAUGAAUGGCGUACAUCCAAUCACGAAUACAAAAAUAUGA